AUGUUGGGUUCUAUCCUCACCUCCCUUUUGAUAUCCGCGCCUUCAAGUUUCGCCGCAGCACUUACUCCCGGUCUCGAACUCGCCUAUACAGACGAUCAAAUCAGCCAACACAAGGAUUUUUCAUCUCGGCUUCCGGUUGCAACGAAAGUUCCACCGUGUUGUACGUACCCUGACGUUGUAUGGAACUCAUACAGUUCCGACGCCAACUCCACCUCCGAUGCAGCUAGCACAUUCGUCAGUGUUGACGGUAACGGCUCUUCCAAAUUGGUUGGUGUUAACCUUACCACCAACACUGUCGAUAAACUCUACUACCUCGACGGCAUCAUUACCUCCAACAGUGGAAUCGACGACGUGCGAUUCGGUCCCACCGGUAAACUCGCCUACCUCAGUGACACCGCCGGAGCUUUAAUUAUUCUAAACUUGACCUCCGAAGCCGGGAUUCGUGUCCUUGCUGACGACCCAUCUGCUGUUGCUCACUUCCCUAUGGCAUUCAAGCACACUCUUCUCGAGGGAUACGGAUACGGAUCCGGAUACCUUUCCGUCGGACUUGAUCAAAUCGAAGUUUCCCCCGACGGAGUGUACUUCUACUACCAACCAUGCAACGGAGGCAUAUACCGUAUUGAGACUCGAUAUCUCAACGCCUCAUUGACCAACAACACAUUAGCCGCAUUCCUUGGUGAUUUGACCGGGGCUUUCGCGGAGACGCCAUCUACCGGUGGUACGACCAUUGAUGCCGACGGAAACAUUUACGUCAGUGAUACCAAUUUGAUUGCUAUCUGGAAGAUUACCAAGGAUGGAUAUGCUAGUAUCCUUGUCCAGGACGAUGCUCUUGUUUGGACUGAUCUCAUGUGGGUUACCGCUGAUAACACUCUGUGGCUUCCUGCUUCUCAAAUGCGUCCUGGUGGAAAUGGUCUUUUGGCUGAUGGCCCUAACAACAUCUUCACUUUCCCAAUCGACGCUGGUCCAUCUCCAAUCGAUCACGCUUAG